CGGAGAAGCAUGGCAGCUCUGCUUGCUCUGCGCAGCUGUAUAGGGAGGAAGAACUUGACAACCGCGACUGGCUGCUUCACGGAUCGCGCAACUCACGCGGUUUCUGUGCCAUGGAGAAGAUGUUUUUCACAGUAUGAACAGGUAACCAGCAAUGAAGACCUGCCAAUCCCAAUGGAAAACCCCUAUAAGGAGCCUCUUAAGAAGUGCGUCUUGUGUGAGAAACGUGUAGAUUACAAGAAUGUACAGCUUUUGUCCCAGUUUAUUUCUCCAUUUACCAGAUGCAUUUAUGGAAGGCACAUAACAGGUCUUUGUGGGAAGAAGCAGAAGGAAGUGACUAAAGCCAUUAAGCGAGCCCAGAAAAUGGGGUUUAUGCCAGUUACAUACAAGGAUCCGGCAUAUCUCAAAGACCCUAAAGUUUGCAACAUCAGAUACCGAGAAUAAAUUUUGUAAAGUUCCUGCCAAAAAAAAA